GGAAGAGAAGAAGACAGGUAUAGGAAUAGGAGAAUACUGAACAGAGGUAGAUCUCACAUAACAGUACACAUCCCCUCUUCACUUUGUUGACUAAGGGCAGCUUUGGUGAGCUGACCGGGUCGUUUUAUGCAGAAGCCUUAAAGCAAAAAACUACCUGCCCGUUGCCCCCCUUGUCUUGAGCUAAGAGAACGAGGAGCCUCUCCCUUUCUCUCUCUAUCUCUGUGCUUGCUGCAUUGUCUUGUUCUACUACUUCAGAAUCUCUUCUCACUUCCACGCAUUAAAGUGUUGUCUCUCUCUUGAGUUGGUGGCGCUUUCUUUCAUAUUUAUGGGACUUUGCUUCCAUGUUCUCAGAAGAGGAAAACUAUGAAAAUACAUAAGCCAUUUUGCUCUCUCAUUUGUUGAGUAAUUUAGCUCUUUUCUCUGGAAUUGAGAACCAGGACAACAAAUGAGCCUGGUCUUGUUUCUGAGAUCUGAAGAUAGCUAGAGUGUAGACUGUAGAGGUUCGAGAAGGAGCCUCCAAAGCAAUAAUAUUUUGCUCUUUUAGUUCUAAUAAGUUUUGGAUAUAUAGGCAUACUUCUAAGACACAGAAAUAUCAGAGAGCUUGAGGAACUCUGUGAAGUGAAAGUGUGCAAAAAUGAGAGAUGAGAAUUUCAAGAAAAGCAAGGGGAAUGAAAUUCAACAUUUUGAGUGUGUUGGUGUUUGCAUAUUGCAAGUUGUUGAUUGUUUUGUCUAUCUGUUGCCUGAUGAAGCUCUCAUGGUCAAAGAAAAUGGUCAGAAAGUUCUUUAAUAUCAAAAGCAAGACUGAGGAUUCUCAAGCAGAUGUUGCUUAUGGAGGAGGUGACGUGGAAUACAGAAGUAGGAAUAGCUUCUCUGAGAGAGAGCCAUGCACAAUAAAGAAGAGUAAAACAGAGAAGUUUAGCAGGAGCACAGAUCAGGUCAGGCGAGCACGAAUGAAUCUUGACCAUCCUCGAAUUAUAGAUGUGCAGAAUCAUAGCAUUUUUGUAGCUACAUGGAAUGUAGCCGGAAGAUCCCCACCAAGUAAUUUGAAUUUAGAUGACUGGCUUCAUUCUUCGCCACCAGCUGAUAUUUAUGUUCUUGGAUUUCAAGAGAUAGUUCCCUUGAAUGCUGGUAAUAUCUUAGGGGCAGAAGACAAUGGCCCUGCCAAAAAAUGGUUGGCUCUCAUCAGAAAGACUUUAAACAAUCUUCCUGGCACCAGUGGAAGUAGUGGAUGUUAUACACCAUCUCCCAUUCCUCAGCCAGUGGUAGAGCUGAAUGCAGAUUUUGAGGGAUCUACUAGGCAGAAGAACUCAUCUUUCUUCCAUAGGCGAUCAUUCCAGACAACUUCUAGUGGUUGGGGAAUGGACAAUGAUCCUUCAGUUGUACAGCCGCAGCUAGAUCGAAGAUACAGUGUCUGUGAUAGAGUGAUUUUUGGUCACAGGCCAAGUGACUUUGAUCCCAGUUUCAGAUGGGGUUAUAGACCUAGUGACUAUUCCAGGGCAAGUGACUUCUCAAGACCAAGUGACUACUCAAGACCAAGUGACUACUCAAGAUGGGGUUCGUCUGUUGAUGAUAAUGGCCUUGGAGAUUCACCAAGCACAGUCUUAUUUUCACCAAUGUCUUAUGGUGGAGGUGGACUUGCUUUAAAUGAAGAUGGAUAUGCCAUGCCAGGACACUCAAGGUACUGCCUUGUUGCUAGUAAGCAAAUGGUGGGAAUAUAUCUAACCAUAUGGGUGAGAAGUGAACUGAAAGAUCAUGUUCAAAAUAUGAAAGUGUCUUGUGUUGGCAGAGGAUUGAUGGGCUAUCUCGGAAAUAAGGGAUCCAUCUCAAUUAGUAUGUCUGUGCAUGAAACAAGCUUUUGCUUUAUCUGUAGCCAUCUAACCUCAGGACAGAAAGAGGGUGAUGAAAUAAGAAGAAAUUCUGAUGUGAUGGAGAUUCUUAAGAAAACGAGGUUUCCUCGUGUUCCUGGUGUGGACAAUGAGAAGUCUCCACAGACAAUCCUCGAGCAUGAUCGAAUUAUAUGGCUUGGAGAUUUGAAUUACCGGAUUGCCCUCUCCUACCGUUCUGCUAAGGCACUUGUUGAGAUGCAAAACUGGAGAGCAUUGCUAGAGAAUGAUCAAUUGAGAAUAGAACAAAAAAGAGGCCGUGUGUUUGUAGGAUGGAAUGAAGGGAAGAUAUAUUUUCCUCCAACAUACAAAUAUUCAACUAAUUCAGAUAGAUAUGCUGGGGACGACAUGCACCCCAAAGAGAAAAGGAGAACUCCUGCAUGGUGUGACCGUAUUUUGUGGUUUGGAGAAGGUCUGCAUCAGUUAUCAUAUGUCCGCGGCGAAUCAAAGUUUUCAGACCACAGACCUGUUUAUGGCAUAUUUUGGGCUGAGGUUGAGUCAGCUCAUGGCAGAUUGAAGAAAACUAUGAGUUGUUCUCGUUCCAGAAUUGAGGUGGAGGAACUUCUGCCAUAUUCCGGUGGAUACACUGAACUAAGCUUUUUCUAAAGGAAGGUUGGAUAUGAGACGUGUCCAUCUGCAUUCAGCAAUUGGUCCCCCAUUACCAAGCUGGAAUAACUUUGAAGAAAACUCAUUCAUGGAGGGAGAUAGGGACAACCCAUUUCCCACAUACCGAAAAAGUUUAUAAUCUGUAGUUUUUGGCUACAGUCAUGCUUUGCCUAACACAUGAUCAGUACAGUACAUCAUCAUCAUCAUCAUCUUGGUAGCUACUCACACACCAGCUUCAGUAAUGUGCAUAGUUUGAUACCCAACUAACAAACACUAAACCUUCCAGCGUCUCAGCCCAUUUUUAUCAUCAAUAGUCCUUCACAGUCUUCAGGAAGUUGAUUUUUUUAUUCAAGAUUUUUUAAUUGUUUUUUCGAGAAUAUUUAUGAUGAUUGAAUGAAGGUGAAAGCUUGUCAGAAUAAUCACCUGGGCACUAGCAUUUUUUUUAAUGCGAAGAAAAUCAGAGUUUUUUUUUUUCUUC